UUCAAAGUCAAAAGCAGGCAGUCUUGAAUAAACAAAAUCCCUAAAAACGAGUAAAUAUACAGCUAAUCCUCUCCAUAUAUUCCGAUUUCCGAUCAAAAUUCCUUAAUUAUAGCGAUAACCCAUUUCUCAAAAUCAUCACUUUCUUCAGAUUCUCCAAAAAUUUCUCAAAAAUUCAUCAAAAUUUCAUCUGGGUUCAACUGAUUUUGUGUUUUCAGUUGAUUUUGAGUUGAAAAAAAAAAAAGAUGAACCCUUCAUCUUCAACUACUGGGGGUGCUGGAUCUGAUGAUAAUACUUCAAUUAGAAGAAAUUCAAAUCGACCCAAGUAUUCAAGAUUCACUCAACAGGAACUUCCAGCUUGCAAACCGAUUCUAACUCCAAAAUGGGUGAUUUCUGUUUUUUUACUUGUUGGUAUUGUGUUUAUCCCAAUUGGGGUUGUUUCACUUUUAGCAUCUAGAGAUGUUGUUGAAAUUGUUGAUCGUUAUGAUUCUGAAUGUGUGCCAUCGAAUAUGACAAAUGAUAAAAUUAGGUUUAUAACUAAUGAUAGUAUUGAUAAAACAUGUAUUAGGACUUUGACUGUGCCUAAGAAAAUGAAGCAGCCUAUUUAUAUUUAUUAUCAGCUUGAGAAUUAUUAUCAGAAUCAUCGUAGGUAUGUUAAAAGUCGAAGUGAUCAGCAGUUGAAAAGUGCUAGUAGAAGGGAUGAUACUGGUACUUGUGACCCCGAAGAUCGUGUUAAUGGUUUACCAAUUGUGCCUUGUGGUUUGAUUGCUUGGAGUUUGUUCAAUGAUACUUAUAACUUUAGUAUUGUUAAUAAUAAUAAUAAUAAUAAGCGGUUGGAUGUGAACAAAAAUGGUAUAGCUUGGAAGAGUGAUAGGGAUCAUAAGUUUGGAAAGGAUGUUUUUCCGUCAAACUUUCAGAAUGGGACGCUAAUCGGGGGUGGGAAGCUUACGAAUGAAUCGUUGGACAAGCAAGAAAAUCUAAUUGUUUGGAUGAGAACUGCUGCACUUCCGACGUUUAGGAAGUUGUAUGGGAAGAUAGAGGUGGAUCUGGAGGCGGGUGAUACAUUAAACGUGACGUUGCUGAACAAUUACAAUACUUAUAGUUUCGAUGGAAAGAAGAAGCUUGUGCUUUCUACAACUAGCUGGAUUGGUGGAAAGAAUGAUUUUCUUGGUAUUGCUUAUCUUACUGUAGGUGGAUUGUGUUUCUUUCUGGCUAUGGCUUUCACGAUCGUAUAUCUAGUUAAGCCAAGACAGCUUGGAGAUCCAACAUAUUUGUCGUGGAACAGGAACCCGGGAGGUAACUAGCAUGGACUUGAAGUCUGUUGUGGCUCGAGCCUUUUACCAUCUGAGGUUGAUGUUGACAAAGCUUGUGUCUUGUAGCAGCUAUCUGUCUACAAGUUCUUUUUUUUUGAAAUGUUCUGCAUAUACUUUUAAACUCAAUUUGCUAGGAAAACAAUGAUAUGUAAUGAAGUAUUUUCCCUUUGUUAAGUGUUUAUCCAAAAUUAUGUAUGUACAAUGGAAGUAAUUGCUUAAAGGACUUGAAUGAUGCCAGUAGAUUAUAAAUGUGAUGUUGCAAUACAUUUACGCUA